CGGAAGCGGCGUGUGAGCUGCCCCGGCGUCCGGCUUCCCGGUUACGGAAGCUGCGCUCCGCCGUGGAGCUCUUUGGUCUCUUGUCACCAUGGCACUGGCAGUCCUGCGGGUGCUGGAGCCCUUCCCGACCGAGGCACCCCCGUUGGCGGUGCUGCUGCCACCCGAGGGCCCCUGGCCUGCGGCGGGGCUGGGCCUGGUGCUGGCGCUGCGGCCUGCAGGGGAGAGCCCGGCAGGGCCCGCGCUGCUAGUGGCGGCCCUGGAGGGGCCAGGCACAGGCACCGAAGAGCAGGGGCCGGGCCCCCCGCAGCUGCUAGUUAGCCGCGCUCUGCUGCGACUCCUGGCCCUGGGCUCCGGGGCCUGGGUGAGGGCGCGGCCGGUGCGGCGGCCCCCAGCGCUGGGCUGGGCGCUGCUUGGCACCUCGUCAGGGACUGGGCUCGGACCGAGAGUCGGGCCGUUGCUGGUGAGGCGCGGAGAGGCUCUGCCAGUGCCGGGACCGCGGGUGCUGGAGACGCGGCCGGCGUUGCAAGGGCUGCUGGGCCCAGGGACGCGGCUAGCUGUGACUGAGCUCCGUGGGCGGGCCAAACUGGGUCCAGAGACUGAGGACAGCAGCCGGCCCCCACCGCCACCCUUGGUGUCCUCCUUCGCGGCUUCUGGCACGGUCCGGCGACUCCGGGGAGUUCUGGGAGGGACUGGGAACUCGCUGGGGGUGAGCAGGAGUUGUCUCCGUAGCCUCGGCCUUUUCCAAGGCGAAUGGGUAUGGGUGACCCGGGUCGGAGAGUCAUCGAUCACUUCCCAGCCACACCUGGCCACGGUGCAGGUCCUAGAGCCUCGAUGGGACCUCUCUGAAAGACUGGGACCUGUUUCUGGGCAGCUGGGAGAGCCCCUCGCUGACGGACUGGCCCUUGUGCCUGCCACUCUGGCUUUUAAUCUCGGCUGUGAUCCCCUGGAAGUGGGAGAGCUCAAAAUUCAGAGGUACCUGGAGGGUUCUAGCACCCCUGAAAACAAAGGAAGCUGCUCAGUGCUGCCCGGGCCUCCGUUUGCCAAAGAAUUACACAUCGAAAUUGUGUCCUCUCCUCACUACAGCACUAAUACAAAUUAUGACCAUGUUCUUUACCGGCACUUCCAGACACCCAGGGCAGUCCAGGAAGGGGAUGUUCUGUGCGUGCCAACAGUCGGGCAAGUAGAGAUCCUGGAAGGAAGCCCAGAGAAACUGCCCAGGUGGCGGGAGAUGUUUUUUAAAGUGAAGAAAACAGUUGGGGAAGCUCCAGAUGGGCCAGCCUGUGCCUACUUGGCUGCCGCCACCCAUACCUCCGUGUACUUGGUGGGCUCUACCCUGAGCCUCGUUCCAGGGCUCCCCUUGGGGGAAUCCACGCCCUGGAGCAGCUUGUCUCCUCCAGGCCUGGAGACCUUGGUGACCGAGCUCUGUGCUGCCCUGAAGCCGCGCCUCCAGCCAGGGGGUGCCCUGCUGACAGCACCUGGCAGUGUCCUUCUACGGGGCCCCCCGGGCAGUGGGAAAACCACCGCAGUGACUGCCGCCUGUGGCCGCCUUGGGCUCCACUUACUGAAGGUGCCCUGCUCCAGCCUCUGUGCAGACAGUAGCGGGGCUGUGGAGACAAAACUGCAGGUCGCUUUCUCCCGGGCCCGGUGCUGCCGGCCUGUGGUUCUGUUGCUGACAGCCGUGGACCUGCUGGGCCGGGACCGCGAUGGGCUAGGUGAGGACGCCCGUGUGGUGGCCACGCUGCGCCGCCUCCUUCUGGACGAAGACCCCCUCACCAGCCACCCUCCCCUGAUGGUUGUGGCCACCACAAGCCGGGCCCAGGACCUGCCUACUGACGUGCAGACUGCGUUUCCUCAUGAGCUGGAGGUGCCUGUGCUGUCAGAGGGGCAGCGGCUCAGCAUCCUGCAGGUCCUCACUGCCCACCUCCCCCUGGGCCAAGAAGUGAACCUGGCACAGCUGGCACGACGGUGCGCGGGCUUUGUAGUGGGGGAUCUCUACGCCCUUUUGACCCACAGCAGCCGUGCAGCCUGCACCAGGAUCAAGAACUCGGGUUGGGCAGGUGGCUUGAGUGAAGAGGACGAGGGGGAGCUGUGUGCUGCCGGUUUCCCUCUCCUGGCCGAGGACUUGGGGCAGGCGCUGGAGCAGCUGCAGUCAGCGCACUCUCAGGCCGUCGGAGCCCCCAAGAUCCCCUCGGUGUCCUGGCACGAUGUGGGCGGGCUGCAGGAGGUGAAGAAGGAGAUCCUGGAGACCAUUCAGCUCCCUCUAGAGCACCCUGAGCUGCUGAGCCUGGGCCUGAGGCGCUCGGGCCUUCUGCUCCACGGGCCGCCCGGCACUGGCAAGACCCUCCUGGCCAAGGCGGUAGCCACCGAGUGCAGUCUCACCUUCCUCAGCGUGAAGGGGCCCGAGCUCAUCAACAUGUACGUGGGCCAAAGCGAGGAGAAUGUACGCGAAGUGUUCGCCAGAGCCAGGGCCGCAGCCCCAUGCAUUAUCUUCUUUGAUGAACUCGACUCCUUGGCCCCAAGCCGGGGGCGAAGUGGAGACUCCGGAGGUGUGAUGGACAGGGUGGUGUCCCAGCUCCUGGCCGAGCUGGAUGGGCUUCACAGCACUCAGGAUGUGUUUGUGAUCGGAGCCACCAAUAGACCAGACCUUCUGGACCCUGCCCUUCUGCGGCCUGGCAGGUUUGACAAGCUGGUGUUUGUGGGAGCGAGCGAGGACCGUGCCUCCCAGCUCCGCAUUCUGAGCGCCAUCACGCGCAAAUUCAGGCUAGAGCCCUCUGUGAGCCUGGUGGCCGUGCUGGACCACUGCCCACCCCAGCUGACGGGUGCAGACCUCUACUCCCUGUGUGCUGAUGCCAUGACAGCUGCCCUGAAACGCAGGGUUCGGGACCUGGAGGAUGGCCUGGAGCCGGGGAGCUCGGCACUGCUGCUCACCAUGGAGGACCUGCUGCAGGCCGCGGCCCGGCUGCAGCCCUCAGUCAGUGAGCAUGAGCUGCUCCGCUACAAGCGCAUCCAGCGCAAGUUUGCUGCCUGCUAGGAGCCUCCUGCCGCCCAGGACCCUCCCCCCAGGGGCUAAAGGUAUCUAGGUAGCUCCUCAGAGACCUGAGAGAGAAAGGCUUUUUCUCAGGCUGCCAUCCGCCCACCCACUUGAACUGCCUACCUACCUACCUCUGGGAGAUCCCCUGGGGGCCCCUGGGUGGGAGAGCUUGGGAGGCAUCCUCUUCUACCUGUCUGCCCUCCAGGCCCAUCUGCUCAGGAGGAGGGGCAAGGCCUGGAGCUCUGGGGACUGGGCCCUGAGGAAGCUCCAUCUGUGGACGAAAAUAAACUGUGUGCUGCCCCCUGCUGGCAGCGUGGUCUGAGA